UGGUCCAGUCCUCUCCAUCUGGCUUCAGGUAAGGCUGUCUGAGCUAUCCUCUCCUGACUCAGCUUCCAUCCUAGCUGUUCUGUGGCUUCCAUUCUAUUUGAGGGAGAUGGGGAGAAGGUGAAGGAUUUGGACAGUGGAGUCGUAGCUGAAUUUGAGUCUUCUACUGAUUAUCAGCUUUGUGAACUGUGGCAAGAAUUCAACAUCAGACACAAGGAAGAAGCACCAAGGGACCAACCCCACCUUGCCUUUGGAUUUGUUGCCCAGGACCAGAACAGCUGUGAGGCACAGAAGGGAUGGGGCAGCUGUUCUCUCCACGCUGGUUGCUAAUGACAGUGAUAGUGACCUCUUGGGUCGUCAUAGCUGCAUCUAGUGAGUCCUUAGAAACCAGAAGGUGCUCUGACUGUCACAGCAAUGCCACCUGCUUGGAGGACGGGGUCAUCACUACGUGUACCUGUCAAGAUGGCUUCUCUGGAGAUGGAAUCCUGUGCACCGAUGUGGAUGAGUGUGCCAUUCCCGGGGCAAGCAACUGCUCAGCCAACAGCAGCUGCGUGAACACGCUGGGCUCCUACACGUGCGCUUGUGCGGAUGGCUUCCUGCUGAGGCCGGGGCUGGGCUGCAUUGAUGUGGAUGAGUGCGCAGAACCGGGGCUCAACCACUGCCACGCGCUGGCCACGUGUGUCAACGUGGACGGCAACUACUCAUGCGUGUGCCCCCAGGGCUAUGUGGGGAGCGGCCUGCAGUGUGAGUGCACCCCAGGGUCCUGCGGGCUGGGGCUGGAGUGCCUGCCUGAGGGCCAGGGAGGGGCGCUCGUGUGCGUAGACCCGUGCCAUGCUUACCAAACCCUGGACGAGUACUGGCGUAGUGCAGAAUACGGCGCUGGCUUCUCCUGUGACUUGGAACUGCGCGGCUGGUACCGCUUCGUGGGCCAGAGCGGCGUGCGCAUGGCCAACACCUGCGUGCCCACCCAGCGCUGCAACACAGCGGCGCCUCUGUGGCUCAAUGGCACCCACCCGUCCAACAACGAGGGCAUCGUGAGCCGCAAGGCCUGCGCGCACUGGAGCGGCCACUGCUGCAGGUGGGAGACACAGGUUCACGUGAAGGCUUGUCCAGGUGGCUACUACGUCUACAACCUGACAGCACCUCCCGAGUGCCACCUGGCUUACUGCACAGAUCCCACCUCCGUGGAGGGGACAUGCGAGGAAUGCAGUGUAGAUGAGGACUGCAUAUCGGACAAUGGCAGAUGGCACUGCCGGUGCAAAGAGGACACCAAUGUCACCGAUGUCUCCCUCCUGGAGCGCAGGCUAGAGUGUGGGGUCAAUGACAUGAAGCUGUCCCUGAGCAAGUGUCACCUGCAGAACCUGGGCUUCAAAAAGGUUUUCAUGUACCUGCAUGACAGCCGCUGCUCCGGCUUCAUGGAGCGGGGUGAACGGGACUGGAUGUCCGUGGUGACCCCGGCCCGGCAUGGUCCCUGUGGGACAGUGUUGACGACGAAUGAAACCCAUGCCACCUACAGCAACACCCUCUACCUGGCAAAUGAGAUAAUCAUCCGUGACUUCAACAUCAAAUUCAACUUCGAGUGCUCUUAUCCACUGGACAUGAAAGUCAGCCUGCAGACUUCCCUGCGGCCCAUAGUCAGUUCCCUGAAUAUCAGCGUGGGUGGGACAGGCAUGUUCACUGUGCGGAUGGCACUGUUCCAGAGCCCCGCCUACACACAGCCGUACCAAGGGUCCUCAGUGACGCUGUCCACUGAGGCCUUUCUCUACGUGGGCACCAUGCUGGAUGGAGGUGACUUGUCCCGCUUUGUUCUGCUAAUGACCAACUGCUAUGCCACACCCAGUAGCAAUGCCUCAGACCCCAUGAAAUACUUCAUUAUCCAGGACAGAUGUCCACGCUCUUCAGACUCAACUAUUCAAGUGAUGGAAAAUGGGGAAUCCACGGUGGGCCGAUUUUCUGUCCAGAUGUUCCGGUUUGCUGGAAACUAUGAUCUCGUCUACCUGCACUGUGAAGUGUACCUGUGUGACCGUGUGAAUGAAAAUUGCAAGCCUACCUGCUCUGGGACCAGAGUCCGAAGUGGAGGCUCCAUAGACCAAUCCCGUGUCCUCAAUUUGGGUCCCAUCACACGGGAAGGUGUCCAGGCUGCAGUCUCGAAGGCCACUUCCAGCAGUUUAGGGUUCCUGAAGAUCUGGCUACCUCUGCUUCUCUCGGCCAUCUUGACCUUGGCAUUUCAGUGACCACCGGUAUGAAGCCCUGUGCUUGGUGGCUCCCAGCUCACUUCCUGCUGGCCAGGAGGGGAGGUGCCAGUGAGUGCUCGCCCUCCCAUUAGCCUGCUCUUUGUUUUCUCCCCCUUAAUCCCUGAUUUGGAAAAACCACCUGCUCACUCUCAAGAUGGGACUUGCAGCUUGCCUGCACGUGAGCCCCCGUCUCCUUAAAGUGUGCAGAAUGAUAAUUAAAAAAAUUACCCUCUGAAGUCA